AUGGGUAUCUCUAAAGAGCAUCGUCAAAAAUGUUCCCCCGUUGACUCCAAAUGCUCGGCACGAGAACUACAAAUUGUCGCGGACAUGCGCAGUACGAGCCCCGAGCCCUUUAAACAUACCGUACGUGCAAAGAUGGCAGCCCAAGUCGACUUGCUCCGUGCGAAAGUGAACGAUGAACGGAUGAGGGACAGCUUUGACAGAUUCAUCAAAGAGAAGAAGAAGAAAAAGAAACGGAAUUUGUCGCCGUCAGCCGACAAAAGAGAAAGAUGUGAGAAAGACGCGAAGAAGGUGAAGCUCCACCACCACCACCAUCAUCACAACCAGCAGCAGCAGCAGCACAUCCAGCAGCAACACGCCGAGAACAGGAGCCACCAACCGCAUCGGCUGCAGCAGAACCCCAAAGCCCAGCACUUCAGCUCGGAUAAACACGUCCUGCACAUCCAGCAGCAGCAGCAUCUCCAUCACAGUCUGACUAACGGAGCCAAGAAGAGCCUGCAGCCCGCUUUCCCGGCGCAGAAGCGAGCCGUGCCUGCCCAGCCACCUGCGCUCUUCACUUUCACGCCCCUCAAGUGGUGAAGGCCCAGCCGCAGGAGCUCAAAGGACAAGCACCGGGAGAAGGAGCACAAGCUGAAGCUGAAGAAGGAGAACUCGGAGGCUAACGUGAAGCAUCCCGAACUGAAGAAGAAAAAAGAGUUGAUACCCAACAAUGAAAAUGGAAAGUCUCUAACAUUAGAGGAAUAUCUUCUGAAGAAGAAAAAAAAGAAGAAGAAGCAUCGCGACGACGACCACGGUGCCAAGAAGGUCCGACAUGUGCACACCAAAGCGGUUCAGACUGUAUGCGCUGGGCUUGGAGCUGAUCUCACGGUCCUCGUUAACCCCGAAGCUCCUCCGCCCGCCGCAAUAAAGCAAGAAAGCACCCGGCAUCCUGGCAGAGAACCUGUCGACAACUGCCCACCUUACCUCCAAGCCCUCAAAAUGGGCCACGCCCCUUUCCUCUCGCAUCAGGACCACUACAUCCGCAGCUCCUGCCUACAGACUGGUACCAGAUAUGGACGCUUCAUUCACGAGGAGAAGCAGCCCAACGGCGGCGGAUCUGUGCUGCACGCCUACGCCGACGAGCUGGCGUGCCUCAGUCCGGCUGAGAUGGAGGGCUUCGCCCGGGAGUUCCUGGAGCUGACCUUUGCUGAGAAGCCCAAAGGCGCUGCAGUCUACGCCUUGACGGUGAUCCACGGGGCCGCUUCGUACCUGCCCGACUUCUUGGACUACUUUGCCUUCAAUUUCCCCAACACACCCGUCAAAAUGGAAAUACUGGGCAAGAAAGACAUUGAGACCACCACUAUUAGCAACUUCCACGCUCAGGUGAGCCGGACUUACUGUUCAGGAACGUACCGAGCCGGACCCAUGAGGCAGAUCAGCCUGGUCGGAGCUGUGGACGAAGAAGUCGGAGACUAUUUCCCAGAGUUCUUGGACAUGCUGGAAGAAUCUCCGUUUCUCAAGAUGACCCUGCCUUGGGGGACCCUUUCCAGUCUGAAGCUCGACUGUCGCUCCCAGAGCGACGACGGACCGAUCAUGUGGGUCCGACCGGGAGAGCAAAUGGUGCCCACGGCUGACAUGCCCAAGUCUCCCUUUAAGCGUCGCAGGUCUAUGAAUGAAAUAAAAAAUCUGCACUACCUGCCAAGGGCCAGUGAACCCAGAGAGGUUCUGUUCGAGGACCGGACCAAAGCCCACGCGGAUCACGUAGGGCAGAGUUUCGAUUGGCAGAGCACAGCCGCCGUGGGGGUCCUGAAGGCGGUUCACUUUGGAGACGGGGAUGUCCGUCCUCGGGUUACCAAGGAUGUGGUGUGCUUUGAUGCUGGAGACUUUAACGAGGUGGUCCAGAGGCUGCAGCUGGAUCUGUAUGAGCCCCCAGUUUCUCAGUGUGUCCAGUGGGUGGAUGACGCCAAGCUGAAUCAGCUGAGGAGGGAAGGCGUGCGCUACAUCCGGGCGCAGCUCUGCGACGACGACAUUUACUUCAUCCCCAGGAACGUCAUCCACCAGUUCAAGACGGUGUCUGCCGUCUGCAGCCUGGCCUGGCACAUCCGCCUCAAACAGUACCACUCAACGGACGACAAGGAGGAGCAGCAGCCCAAGGAUCUCAGCCCCACCUCAGGCCGAGUCUCCUUUUCCUCCCCCGCCCGACCAGAUUCCACCCUCACCCCCUGCUCGCGACGGCAGCCGGACGGCGUCCACGGCGGCGUGGCCAAGACCGAGGAGCCGGAGUUCCAGAGGCCGGCGACGCCUUCCAGGGAGCCUCAGCCGGCGCCCCCUCAGCCCACCAAAUCUGCUCACCUCCCCCACCUUUACGCCACCGCGGUGCGCUCUGGGUGCACGCCGUCGAAGGAGCCCUCGCUGCCAAAGGCUAACGGCCACGCCACAGACAUCCCUAAAUGAUCCAGCCUGGCAGCUUUUCUUCCUGCCCGCCGCGGCUCGGAGAAUUUUAAAGAAUUUUAGACUAAAUUUGACAUCUGGUUCAAUCAGGAAGCUUUUCACUAUAAAUUAUUCUUCAUUUUUUUUUUUUUAAAUCUCAGAAUAUUGGUGUGUUUUGUCUUGUGUUUUUUUCUUUUUAACCUACUGUAAUGUUAUUGUUUAUUGGGACAGAAUAAUAUAUAUUUAGUUAUCGGAUGUAAAGAAUCGUAUUAUUUUUAAACUGACAUUGUAAACUGCCACCCGUGCUGUUUGAGAAACUUUUUUUUUUUUUGUUUUUUUUUUCUUAUUUCACGGUGAAGUUGACUCUAAAACCUAAUUAAUCUUUUAACAUGGUUUCAUUCUUAUGAACAGCACUUCUCCAGCAGCGUGACCCUUUUUAUGUGGUAAUUUUUAAAGUCUGAACCUUAUGAAGUUAUUUUGUACCCCCAGGGUCCUGGCAGCUGUGUGCAGUGAUGCAAAUGUGAUAUUCAUGCUUAGUUGGGCCCACUUUACAACAGAUUAACAUUAAAAUGGAUGUUCUCCACCUUGGAGAUACCGGGAAGCAUAUCUGGGUACAGGCCGCCCUGUUGGUAACAGGGGGGGUAAAUAUUAAAUCGCUUGCGCUUCAUCUAGUUUGAUGACGCCAAAGUGCUUUACUCUACAGUCAUCGCACCCUGACGGUGGUAAGCUAUGUUAGUAGCUGAUAGAGAUGAGGCUGCCAUAUAGCAGCGCUACCAGGCCCUCCAAACACCGGUUAAAUGUCUUGCCCAGGGAUACAACUGAGACGAUCGCCCGCCAAUGGCAGGACGAACUCCCUAACUCCUGCGUCACUGUCGCCCCUAGCAUAUCCAUGGCGUGUAGCCAGACUAAUCAUACUCAGUGUAAUUAUUUGCACUACUUUCACUAUCCACGUAGUAUUCUACUCUGUUCUGGCCUCAAUAAAAAGGCAUAUGUCCAAAAUUGUCAAAAUUAGUAUGGUAACCAGCUGUGGAGAAGCGCCCACGCCUCCAAAUUGCCCAUAUGGACUUCUUGUUUAGAUACUAAUGGAGGUUUACAUUGUUUUGUUUUUUUUGCAAUUCGGAUACAACACAAAUUUCUAAAGAGAAGUAGUCCCGGAAUUGUAUUUAGAGAAGAGCAGGAAGUAAACGAGUGAGCAGUGGCUCAUAAAUUAAUCUUAAUUUGUUGCGUGACUGAGAAUAGAGGGAGUAUUUACCAAGAGACUGUCCCGACAGCAAGGCUGCAAAUCAUAGUGAAGGUGCAGAAGCCUCCCAAGUAGGCAGGUACCAAAAUUAGAUUUUUUUUAUUUGAAUCAACGCCAUGGUGUAGAUUUGAUAUUUGUGGAUCAAACCUGCCUCAGGGCGUUGCUUUGCCUUCAAACUGAGUUGAGGUUUUCCAGACUUGCUGCGGUUUAACGAUCAAAGUUUCGCUGAGAUCCUGAAUCUUAAUCCGCUGUGAAGAGGGCCCAAGGUAUUAAGAUGAUUAUCCCCCUCCCCCCAUUUAAAGGCUACAUGCAAUUAUUUUAAUAAACUUAAAGCACUUAAAUUUUGUUUUCCAGCUAAUCGUUUGAGUUCCUGAUUCAAACUGUCUCAUAUGUGAACUUUUAUUUUCCCCCAUUUGUACCAUUUUUUUGAUAUUUAUUUCCUCCAGAUUGAUUUUGAGCAGGCUCUGAUUCCUGAUCCUGCAUCUCGAGCACCUUUUCAAAUCACAAAGGAACUGCAAAAGUUGCACCUAGCAAUAAUAUUCUAAGUCAUGUCUUCGUGUUUUAGAAGGAAAUCGUUGUAUGACAGUCUGUGGUUAUUGCUGAAUUUAUGAGAAUGUUGUGAUGGUUUUAUUUUUUCAUUGAAAUCCUUUAUAACCUUUUAUGUUUAGCAGGUAGGUUUCACUAGGUGGAGCGGACGGCUUUAGGUCGUUUUGGGAACAUUUUGGAGGAUGAAGUCUGCUAGACAUGAUGCUCCCAAACAUCCAGAUUAGAUUGAGGCCUUUAGUUUCUUGUCUUCAGAGUGAUGUUUAGAAGGCAGGAAGUGAUGUCGUGCUUCUUUUGCUCUGACUGCGUCUCAGUGCCUUUUUUGCGGUGCAUGGUUAGCCAAACUUCACACCGAACGCUUCUGUUUUUUGACGACUGAAAUGAGGGGAACAAAACCCACCUUUCAUGCCACCUGGUAGCAAAUAUACACAUUAUAGUUUGUUUGAAAGGUUUUCCUUUCACGAUAAGCAGAAUGGAUUUUCCGCUAUGUAAAUAUGGCUUCCAUGUAGUCUUAACUUCUGUUAUUAAUGUUGUAGCUCUUCUUUUGUGAAGAUUUUUUUUUAUUACAUAUUUUUUUUCCUAACUUAUUGUCUUCACAUGUUACAAAGUAGGAUCCAGACGCUAGUCACCAGUGCAACCCGGUUAUGUUAAAACAGGAGAAAAAAAAACAAACAAGUGAUCUGAAUGCAAAUUCCUAUUUUUAUUUUUUUUAAUAAAUAAUUGUGCAGUCGCAGCACAUCCACGUGUAUGACAUUCAUUGUUCAGUAGGAUAUGCGUUAAAUCUCGUCGCUUUUAAAUAUUCCAGCAAAGAAGCACUAAACGACGAGAAGGCCGCUCUGUUUGAAAGACAAAGUUUCGUGCUCAUCAAUGUUUUACCUGUUUCCAUUCACGACGAAAAGCAUACAGGCGAUCACACACAUGCAUAUCUAAAUGUAGUCCUAACACUCUGAGUUUAAGAGCUUUGCCUUGAGCACAGAAAGGGAAAAAAAAAGAUACAAUUUCUUACAUCAAACUAACUCUUCCAAGCAGUUUCUCAUUUCAGAGUAAAGCCCCGCUUGAGUUGAUGUUGAAUUUAUUUUGUUUGUUUCAUAGAAGGCACUGUUCAGUGGUCAAAAUUUGCUUUACUUUAUAAAUUGCACAAAGACCGUGUGUGUGUCCUGACGGGAGGCGCUGUUGCACAGAGCCUCCCGUCGAGGCUUUUCUCUGUUCUGCUGUGUCCGAUGUUUUCUUGACAACUUUGUAAUAAACCUGCUUCUGUCCCAAAGUCA